AUGCUCGUCAAAGACCGUCCUGAGGAGGCUAGAGUGUUCUCCUUCGCACAAAUCCUCACCGCGACGUUCGGUUCAUUUGUGCACGGGGGCAAUGACGUGAGUAAUGCCAUCGGACCCCUGAUUGGACUGUGGUUGGUGACGACAACAGGCUCAGUCGUAACGGACAAACCGACACCAGUUCUCCUUCUGGUCUAUGGGGGUAUUGGCAUAUCCAUCGGCCUCUGGAUUUGGGGUCGAAAAGUGAUCCAGACAAUUGGCGAAGAUCUAACUACAAUCACUCCCUCCAGGUUCGUCUUACAGGACCACGCUCAUUUUGCUCGUACUCUGUCUAGUUUAUUCCCGAAAACAUCUGGUCGGAUGACUCAUAAAGUUAGAUAA